CCCUGGCUGGGAGCAGCAGGAAGGGAAAGUGAAAGCGCCGAGCAGCAAGAUGAGGGUUGGUGCCGUCAGUCUGGCCGUCGUCCUUACCUGUCUCAGCCUGUCCCGCCCAGGCGCUGCAGACCCCCGGACUUGGAAAGAUUGUUCAGAUUUCACAAAUAGAUUUUGUGGAGAAUGCUUGGAAAAUAUAAAUUGUCUCUGGUGUUCUGUUGACCAACGAUGCAUGAAUUAUCCCGUUGAAACUAUUAUUCCGUCUAGUUCAGUGUGUCCUUUGAAAGAAGCUCGUUGGGCAGUUUGCUGGGUGAGCUUUGAAUCGUUAAUCAUUGCAAUGUCCAUUGUUGUGGGACUGACGCUGCUGCCUUUCGUGUGUUGCUGCUGUUAUUGCUGUUGCAAGUUCAAAUGUUGUUGUUUCUGUUGCAAGAAGAAAUCCAGCUGUCCUGAUGAAGAAAAUCUGAAACUGGCCAGGCGUAAAGAGGAGAGGCGGCUACACAGUGAGCAAAGGAAAUUUGAUCUAAGGGAGCGUUGCAAUGAAAUCCGCAGGAAAUACGGUCUUAUUCAGAAUUCUGAAUCCUCCUAUCACAGACUUGAGAAUGAAUUUUGAAGAGUGGCAAAAUGGAUUUUAGUGGCCAUCUGUUGUUUUAAUAAUGAGUGUUGUUAAACAUCUAUCUUUUCAUAUCCCAUAUUUGGAUUUAGCAACCACAUUACCAUCUAUUAUAUCACUAUGACUCCUACUAGCAGAUGUUAGGCUAGAAUUGAAUUAUGAAGACAAAUAAAACGAUGGGAGCUACCCACCACAGGAAAGGAUACAGGGUUCGUACCUUAGAUUAUUUGUGACAUUAGGUACAUAAUUUGAACUGUUAAUGAAAAGAUAAUUCUAAAAUCUAGAUUUUAUUGCAUCAAUGGACACAUAAUAAUAGUUAUAGUAAGACAUUAUAAAAGUAAAAUAGAAAACUGCAAGCAUAAAUAUAAAAUAAACCAACUAUUAUGUCUGCUUAUCUUAGGGUUUUGAUUGAUUGAAAGAUGCAGCAUGGGAACAGACCCUUCAAGCCACUGUGUGCAAGCCAACUAUCAAUCACCCAUUCACAGUGAUUCUAUGUUAUCCUACUUUUGCGUCUAUUCCCUCCAAGGGGCAAUUUGCAGAGGCCAAUUCACCUAUAAACCUGCACUUCUUUGGAAUGUGGGAGGAUACCAGAGCACCAGGAUGAAAUCCAACCCAAGCAAACUCCCGGUCACAGGGAGAACAUACAAACUCCAGCCAGACAGCCCCCAAGGAUUAAAUCCGGGCCUCUUGCUGUGAGGCAGCAGCUCUACCAGCUGUGCCACUACCACACUUAACAAGCAGACAUAAAGAUUUUAAUAUGUACACAUCUCCUGCAAAUGUGGCCUAAGGUUUCCUUGGUCAUUGAGCAGUGUCUGUAGAACCUGUUUAUUUUCGGUCUAGUAAGAUCAAGAUUUCUUUUAAUAGGAAAAGUAAAAUCAAUAUGAUGAUUUUCUAAAUUUGAUUGUCUAAAUGAAAUAUGACCCCUUUUCUAAUUACUUGAUUCAGCAUAAUUUUUUUAAUAACUUCACCGAUUCCCAAGGGCUAUAGUCCUGCUCCGAUUUCAGAUUCUCUAUACUUCCCAUUAUUAAUCUUACAAGAGUCAACCUCAGUAACUUUGACAUCCAAAGCAUCAUUGUUCACUGCACUUCUUUAAAAGCAUUUCAGAUUCUCGUAUUUAAUAAUGGCUUGUGGCGGCUCCCUAGGGUCGGGCCAUUUCCACUAUCGAACCCCUCGGCACGGGAAUGGAUGAGUCCGGAGGCGGCCCUUAGCUACAAGGAUAAAGGGCAGGGGUUUAGGUGCCAUCUUUCUCCUGCAGACUCGUCUGGUCAGGAGAAGGACAGCGAAUAAAAUACCUCCCGAAAAGCAUGGCUCCUCGCCUUUAUCUCGGGAUUAUCGUCGUGCUACAGGCUACUAAUAAGUGAGGAAUGACAAACAUAGAAAAUAGGUGCAGGGGUAGGCCAUUCGGCCCUUCGAGCCUGCACCGCCAUUCAAUAUGAUCAUGGCUGAUCAUCCAACUCAGUAUCCUGUACCUGCCUUCUCUCCAU